AUGUCAUUGGAAGAAAAAUCGGGAGAAAUCCAACUCUCAUUUAAUGCAUCUCCCGAGAUGGGUUCUAAAUCAUUAUAUGAAAAUUCAUUAAAUGAUGAAUUUUUUAGUCACUCUUUUCCGUAUAGCUUAACGUUAGAAAUUGAAGAGCUUAUUUCACCACCGAAAAAUUCGCGCAAAGCGAAAAAUUUUCGAAAAAAUCCUUCUUCUGCUUCACCCCCAAGGCCCCAAAAUGCCUUUUUGUUAUUCCGUCGUGAUUUUCACGCUAAAUUAAGACAAAAAGAAAUAAAAAUGAGCAAUGGGGAAGUCUCUCGUUUGGCUUCGGAAGAAUGGAAUAAACUACCGAAAGAAGUUCUUCGUUUUUUUGAAACCCUCGAAAAGCUCGCCAAAGAUAGGCAUAGCGAAGUCUAUCCAGACUAUAAAUAUUCACCGAAAAAGGGUUGUAGGAAAAAAUCUCUACAUCGAAUAAAUAAUAACGUAACAACAGAAGAAACAUUUAGAAUAGAUAAUAUUGAUGGUGGCAUUAAUUUUCGGGAACCGAACGCACCGGAAAUUAGUACUGACGCCAAAUAUUCCGAUACUAUAUUCGAUUUUUCGGAAUAUAUUUGUUUCGAUCCCUAA